AUGGGCCCAGCCUCACUGCAGGAGGAGAGAGAACCGGGGAAAGAGUCCAAAGGGGAGAUGGAGGGCUACCGCUGCCUUCUGCAGGCCGGCUCGCAGCUGGAGAGCACUCUGCAGCAGGUGACUGUCCCUUUAAGCUUGAAGGAGGUGGGAGGCUACAUAGAGAAACAGGUGGCAUAUCUGUCAGGGGGGCGUGGGGAAGACUCCAGUGUCAUCAUCACCCUCCCAGAGUGCUCAGCUUUCAGUGACAUUCCAGAGGAAGCUUUAGCCAAAGUCUUUACAUACCUCACUCUCAUCCCUCGAACGAGGCAACCCGGAGUAAAGUUUAUCAUCAUUUUAGACCGAAGAUUGGAUACAUGGGCCUCAAUCAAAUCUGCACUUGCCAGGAUAGCAGCCUCUUUUCCUGGGAACCUCCACCUGGUCUUGGUGCUCCGACCCACCAGCUUCUUCCACCGCACUGUUACUGAUAUUGGUUUUCGCUUCAGCCAAGAGGACUUCAUGCUCAAGAUGCCAGUGGUGAUGCUGAGCUCUGUCACCGACCUGCUGCACUACAUUGAUGAGAACCAGCUGACUUCAGAGUUUGGAGGAACUUUGGAUUAUUGUCAUAGCGACUGGAUUGUUUUACGAACAGCUAUUGAAAGUUUUGCUGUCACAGUCAAAGACAUUGCACAGAUGUUACAGGGCUUUGGCACUGAGCUGGCAGAGGCGGAGCUGGUUGAUGAGGGGAAAGCCAUCGAGUAUCUCCUUGAGUCCCACACUGACAAGUACAGGAAACUCAAGGAUGCAAUUAGAUCAGUGUCGAAGGAAGGUCGCCAUCUUCUCGCAAGCUUGGAGACCUCCGGAAAGGAGGAUGACUCCCAGUGGGAUGUGAGGCUGGACUGGGAGACAGUACAGAGGCUUCUUGCUCAGCUCAGAGACAUGGAGUCAGCCUUUGAUGGUUUCUUUGAGAAGCAUCAUCUGAAACUCCAUCAGUAUCUGCAGUUGCUUAGAUACGAACAAAGCUUCCAGGAGAUGGAGUUGUGUCUGGAGCAUCUGGUGGGUCAGGAGAGGGAGCUCUCCAUAUCUGUCGACACUAUGGCUCAAACAGAACAGGCUCUCAAAAGGUUGGACAGUCUGGAAUCAAAUGCACAGGAGGUGAUGUCUCGAGCUCAGAUCAUCAUCCUUCACGGACACCAGCUAUCAGCAGGUCACCACUACGCCAUGGCUCUUAUAAUGCAGCGCUGCAACGAGCUCCGCCACUACUGUGAUACUCUCAAUGCUGCUCUCAAGACCAAACACACUCGUCUUCUGCAAACACACCAGCUGUUGCUUUGUCUGGGACAGGCCCAAACUUGGUGUGACGAUGGAGCGUAUCUGCUGGCCAAUCAGCUGGUAGAUAAGUACCAGUCUAAGGAGGGGGCCCAGGCUGCUUUGAGGGACAUUGAGAGGUUCCUGGAGGGGGCGCCAUCCAUGCUGAGCUCAGGACCUGAGAUCCUGGCCAUCGAGUACGAAGCUGACAUCACACCUCAACUGCAGGCCCAGAUAGGGAAAACGUUUGAGAAGCAUGCCUCAGUGCAGCAGAUGAUCCAGAGCCGGCAGACCUGUCUACGGAAGCUGGCAGAUAAACAUGUGCGACCCAUCCAACUGGUGGCCCCCAGGGCUGAAAACCCACCACGAUCCAAGUCCCCGCUCUUCUCCCCCAAACAUGGUGAGGGUUUGAAGUUCACAUUUGACAUCUCUCUGCCCGGGAAGAGAGCGUCCCGAAAGAGCCCCAACUCUAGAAAAAUUGAGGUGAUACACGACUACCAGGAGAGCCGGAGCUGUGUGUCGUACGGUCUGGAUGGAGAGGACAGCCCAGAUCUCCUGAAGCGGCAUGUGAUGAGGGAACUAAUAGAGACAGAGAGAAUCUAUGUGGAGGAGCUGCUGUCAGUUCUGCUGGGAUACAGGGCUGAGAUGGACAAUCCAGCUCUGUCAGGGCUUCUGCCCCCGAUCCUGCAUAGCAAGAGGGACAUCCUCUUUGGGAACAUGCCUGAGAUCUACAAUUUUCACAGCAGGGUUUUCCUUCAGGACCUGGAGGGAUGCCUGGAGGCUCCUGAAAGUGUGGGAGCCUGUUUUCUGGAGCGGAAAGAGAGUUUCCAAAUGUAUGAAUGCUACUGUCAGAAUAAACCGCGCUCUGAAGCGCUGUGGAGACAAUUCUCAGAAUGCGGCUUCUUUCAGGAGUGUCAGAAAAAGCUGGAGCACAAACUGGGUCUGGAUUCCUACCUUUUGAAACCAGUCCAACGCCUCACCAAGUACCAGCUGCUGCUUAAGGAACUUCUCAAAUACAGCACAGAUUGUGAAGGGGCUUCAGAACUGCAGGGGGCCCUGACGGCAAUGCUGGACCUGCUCAAAUCAGUCAAUGACUCCAUGCAUCAGAUAGCCAUCACAGGAUAUGAGGGUGAAAUUUGCGAGCUGGGCCGUGUGUUGAUGCAGGGUUCCUUCAGUGUGUGGAUCAGCCAUAAGAAAGGUCCCACGCGCAUGAAGGAGCUGGCUCGAUUCAAGCCGAUGCAGAGACACCUCUUCCUGUACGAGAGAGCUCUGCUCUUCUGCAAACGAAGGGAGGAGCACGGAGACGGCUGUGAUAAGACCCCCUCGUACAGCUUCAAGCACUGUCUGAAGAUGACUGCCGUGGGGAUCACAGAGAACGUCAAGGGAGAUGUGAAGAAGUUUGAGAUCUGGUACAGUGGCAGGGAGGAAGUGUAUGUGGUUCUGGCUCCCACAGUGGAGGUGAAGAUGGCCUGGCUCAAUGAGCUCCGCAGAAUCCUGACUAACCAGCAGAAGCUGCUUAGAGAUGAAGCAUAUCAACACGGCCAAAUGGUCGGACACAUGCAGCUUCCUCCACCACUCUCUGAGAGCAAACAGCAGAGGGCGUCGGUGAGCUCAGAGGACACUGAGUCGGGGAGGAGCAGUCCAGACCCCCAGCCUCACUCCCCUAAACACCAGCACAACCGCAAGAGUUGGCCCGGAGCUCACAACUCGGUAGACAUCUGCGAGGGUCUGGAGGAGUGGUCUGGAGGUCGGGACACCUUCCACCCAUCUGACACAGAGGAGGAGGUUUUGGUGAGACAGACGUCCCCAGGCAGAUACAGGGCUUUGGCUGACUGCCUUCAAAAUGGACCAGAGAGCAUCUCCAUCAAAUGUGGAGAUGUCAUCCAACUGCAGUUUGAAGACAACAAAGGACGCUGGCUGGUUAAAAACCUGAGCAGGCAACAGGAGGGCUUCAUAGCAGUUUCCAGCUUGCAGCUGAUUCUAGUCGACAGCAGUCGAGGACGCACAUCCAGACUAGGGGACCCAGGGAACCUGAAGGCGAGAAAGCUCAGCUCCCCGUAGAGAAGAAAGCACAGAAUGUGAAUCUGACAUUUAUUUGUGGAUGAUGACGAGACAGAAGGAACAAUUUGAGCCAUAGACGUCUCAUAACUGAUCAGCCACCAACUACUCACUCCCCGGCACAGUUCAAUCAUUUAGUCGACAAAUGUGGAAAUACACAGACCUGACUUUCUUCCAGCUUAUGAAUGACAAUCCAAUGGGCCGUUGUUUUGAGAUAGUGAAGGUGCACUGUGGCACCAGUG